CCAUUAAUGGCGUCUGAUAGCGUAUCGAUCGAUAUUGACCCAAGAAGCGGCUUCUGCAAGUCCAACUCCGUCUUCUACAGCAAACGGAAACCCGUAGUCCUACCCUGCAACGACUCCUUGGAUAUCACCACCUUCAUCUCCUCACGUGCCCAUAGUGGUAAAAUCGCCUUCAUCGAUGCCUCUACCGGGCGCCACCUUACCUUCCCACAAGUCUGGCGUGCGGUCGAUUCCGUGGCUUCCUGCUUGUCGGAGAUGGGCAUACGAAAGGGUCACGUGGUCCUUCUUCUCUCUCCCAACUCCAUUUUCUUCCCUAUCAUUUCUCUCUCCGUCAUGUCCCUCGGUGCUAUCAUCACCACUACCAACCCUCUCAAUACUCCUCAAGAGAUUCGCAAACAGGUCACCGAUUCCAAACCCACCCUCGCCUUCACCACCCAAUCCCUCCUCCCUAAACUCUCCGGCACGGGUCUCCCCGUCAUUCUCAUCGGAGGAUACGACAACCUCUCCUCCAAGCUGCAGACUAAGAUCGUUUCUUCGCUAGAGGACAUGAUGAAUGAGACGAGUCAGAGAGGACUCCAAACCCGAGUCAAGGAACGAGUGAAACAGGACGACACGGCUACGCUGCUCUACUCGUCGGGCACAACCGGAGACAGCAAGGGCGUGGUCUCGUCGCACCGGAACCUCAUCGCGAUGGUUCAGACGAUCGCAGGCAAUUCGAUGAGUUUUGAAGAGCAGACGUUCAUCUGCACUGUGCCCAUGUUCCACAUCUAUGGCUUUGGUGUAUUCGCCACGACGCUGCUGGCGUUGGGAUCGACGGUUGUGUUACUCUCCAAAUACGAUUUGGAUGAGAUGCUAUCUGUGAUCGCCAAGUACGGGGCGACUUACCUGCCGCUCGUGCCACCGAUACUGGUGGCGCUGAUCAACCAGGCGGAGAAGGUGAAAGCCAAGUACGACUUGAGGACACUACAAUGGGUAUUGUCGGGUGGGGCUCCCUUGAGCAAGGAAGUGAUCGAGAGUUUCUUGGAGAAGUAUCCGACGGUGAGGAUUCUGCAGGGUUAUGCGCUGACGGAGACCACAGGGCUUGGAGCUUCCACGUUAACGCCGGAGGAGAGCCAGCGAUACGGUACGGCGGGGCUGUUGGCGGCCAGCAUGGAAGCCAAGAUCGUUGACCCGGACACUGGAGAGGCCUUGUCCGUGAAUCGGACUGGUGAGCUUUGGCUGCGUGGGCCCUCCGUCAUGAAAGGUUAUUUCAGCAACCCAGAAGCCACAGCAUCAACAUUAGAUAGGGAGGGAUGGUUGAGGACAGGAGACAUAUGCCACAUCGACGAGGAAGGAUACAUAUUCGUGGUGGAUAGGUUGAAGGAGCUCAUCAAAUACAAGGGUUAUCAGGUCCCUCCUGCAGAACUAGAGGCAUUGUUACUAACACACCAAGAGAUAGUUGAUGCUGCUGUCAUACCGUUUCCAGAUAAGGAGGUGGGACAGUAUCCCAUGGCAUAUGUGGUGAAAAAAUGGGGAAGUAAUUUGUCGGAGAGUGGUGUCAUGGACUUUGUGUCUACACAGGUGGCUCCAUACAAGAGAAUCCGAAGAGUGGCAUUCGUGGGUGCCAUCCCCAAGAACCCAUCCGGCAAGAUUCUGAGGAAGGAUCUAAUUAAGCUUGCUAUCUCAAAGCUAUGAGAAUU